ACUAGAUCUUUGACAGGGCUGGCAACGCUACCACCAAAUAUAAACAAAUGCACGUGCGUUUAUUUUGGUAAAAAUGGAUGAGCAUGACAUAUUUAAACUAAUUACGGCUGGCGUUCGCUUUACCAAGAAGCCGAAGAAGCAGGCACCCGCAAAACUUCAACCCCAGCCCGAGGUUUUCAAGCAAGAGGAGCCGGUGAAAAGCGAUAAAUCAGAUGAGGACGACCAAGAAACCACGGAAUUCCGCCUCCUUGCUGGAGGAUCAGACAGCCAACCCAAACGCAAGAAGUCCAAAGCAGGAAAAGCGCCCUCUUCCAAGGAAUUGGAGCUCCAAAGGGCCUCCGAUGAGGCAAACGAGACCAGGAGGCAGUACGGCAUCAGUGUGCUGGGCAAGAAGGUCCCACCACCGGUGCCCAGUUUCGAGGCUCUGACCAGAGACUUUAAGCUGCUGCCUCGCCUUCAGCAGAACCUACUGGCCCGAAACUUCGACCAACCCACCCCCAUCCAGAUGCAGGCUCUGCCCGUGCUUCUCCAGCGGCGGGCUUUGAUGGCCUGUGCACCCACCGGAUCCGGCAAAACACUAGCCUUCCUCACACCCAUUAUCGAUGGCCUGCGGUCGCACAAGACCAGCGGACUGAGAGCCUUGGUCCUGGCGCCCACCCGCGAGUUGGCCCAGCAAAUCUACCGCGAGUGUGCGGAGCUCACGCGCGAAACGGGCCUGCGUACUCACUUCAUCAGCAAGGUGAGCGAGGCGAAGCAGAAACAUGGAGCCGAGUGCAAGCAACGCUAUGACAUCCUAGUCUCCACACCGAACCGAGUGAGAUUCCUCCUUCAGCAGGAGCCACCGCUGCUGGAUUUGUCGCUUGUCGAAUGGUUCGUUCUGGACGAGGCAGAUCGCCUGAUGGAAGAGGGACAAAACAACUUCAAGGAGCAGCUGGACGACAUAUACGCCGCCUGCUCACAUCCGACCAAGUGCGUGGCCUUCUUUAGUGCCACGUACACAGUGCCAGUGGCCAAAUGGGCGCUGCGUCACCUUAAAAACCUAGUGCGUAUCACCAUUGGAGUGCAAAACAGCGCCACAAAAACGGUGCAGCAGGAGCUCUUGUUCGUCGGAUCCGAGAGCGGAAAAUUGGUGGCCAUGCGAGACCUUGUGCGCCAAGGCCUACAGCCACCGGUACUCGUUUUCGUGCAGAGCAAGGAGCGCGCAAAGCAGCUAUUCGAGGAGCUGCUCUACGACGGCAUCAACGUGGACGUUAUCCACGCCGAGCGGAGCCAGCAUCAGCGUGACAACUGCGUGAGAGCCUUCCGCGAAGGCAGCAUUUGGGUGCUAAUAUGUACGGAGCUCAUGGGCCGAGGCAUUGACUUCAAGGGCGUCAAUCUAGUGAUCAACUACGACUUCCCGCCCACCACCAUCUCAUACAUCCAUCGGAUAGGAAGGACUGGUCGAGCUGGACGUCCAGGUCGGGCAAUUACAUUCUUCACACAGGAGGAUACGGCCAACUUGAGAAGCAUUGCACUGAUCAUUAAAAACUCUGGGGGAUCUGUUCCGGAGUAUAUGCUGCAAAUGAAAAAGGUUCGGAAAUCGGAGGCGAAGAUGCGAGCCAAAAAGCCUUUAGAUCGCGAAGAUAUAUCAACCAAGAUACGCCCGGAACCGAAAAUCGACGAAAUCCACAAAUCAGCAAAACUGAAAAAAGUCGAAAAGACGGAAAAAGUUUUAAAAAAGCGUCAGGGCACAGAAAAUGAUUUGAAGUCGAAGCAGAAAAAAUUAAGCAAAAUUAAAGUAGACCUCAAGGCUGUGGGCAAAAGAAAAGGCAAAGGGUCAAAAGCAAACAAGAUGUGAAUUUAAGAAAAAACAUUUAA